GCGAGCACGAGUGAGCAAGCCUGGGAGUGACCUCAUAGCUGCCAGAACAUAAACACUUGCAGGUUCUGCUUCCCAGGCUCAGAGCUGGCUCCGCGGGGACUCGGUGACAUGCGGGGCACAUCCCAGCCCCACCUGCUGGCCUUCUCCUUGCUCAGCCUGCUCUCACAGGUGUCGACCCAGCUGUGUCAGACACCGUGCACCUGCCCCUGGCCACCACCCAGAUGCCCACCGGGAGUGCCCCUGGUACCAGACGGCUGUGGCUGCUGCCGAGUGUGUGCGCGGCGGCUGGGGGAGCCCUGUGACCACCUCCACGUCUGUGACCCCAACCAGGGCCUGGUUUGCCAGCCUGGAACUGGCCCUGGUGGCCGGGGGGCUGUGUGCCUCUUCGGAGAGGAGGCCGGGAGCUGUGAAAUGGGUGGCCGCCUGUACCGGGAUGGGGACACCUUCCAGCCACACUGCAGGGUCCUGUGUCGCUGUGAAGAUGGCGGCCUCACCUGCGUGCCACUGUGCAGCGAGGACGUCCGGCUGCCCAGCUGGGACUGUCCCCACCCCGUGCGGGUGGAGGUACCUGGCAAGUGCUGCCCUGAGUGGGUGUGCAACCAGGGAGGUGGGCUGAGGACCCAGCCCCUCCAAGCGCAAGCCCCAGGACCCCAACUUUCUGGCCUUGCAGCUCCCCAGCCUCCUGGUGUCGCAUGCCCAGAAUGGAGCACAGCCUGGGGCCCCUGCUCGACCACCUGUGGGCUGGGCGUGGCCAGCCGGGUGUCCAACCAGAAUCGCUUCUGCCGACUGGAGACUCAACACCGCCUCUGCCUGCUGCGACCCUGCCCUCCAACCAGGGGCCGCAGCCCACAGGGCAGUGCUUUCUAGAGCCAGCUGGGAGAGGAGACAAGGUGUUCACUGUCCCCAGCAGGUGGCCCUGGCAGCAGCAGUCCACUGAGGGUCUGCCAUGCGGGGCCAGGAGGCCAAGAGCAGUCUCAAGCCAUCUGUUCCAUCAGGACGCUGCGACACAGCAAGGAGUGUGGCCCCAAGGCUGCCUUCCCCUAACUCAGUCAGAAAGACUGGCCAAGGUCUCAUGCGGCUUCUGGGUCAUUCUCAGCUGACAGAUUGCCUUAACCAGCUUCCCCACUGGGCAGACAUGGGGCGGCUGAUAACUUAACGACCAGGCCUCUGCAUGG